UGAGCUGUCACUGCCAAAGCUUCAUGAGUUGCACUUUUGUUUUCUGAGUGAAUUUAAUUUUCAUCUAAGAAAACACGGAACUUAAAGUUGAGAACCGACUGCGUUUUCAAAUUAAACAGUAUUUAUAUCAGACUAAACUCCAAACAGCUUAUUUUCGUCUCGUAAAAUAUGGAUAGACUACUAAGAUUAGGUGGAGGAAUGCCCGGUUUGAGCCAGGCGCCACCUCCUAACGAUGCCCCCGUUGUGGACACAGCUGAGCAGGUUUAUAUCUCUUCUCUGGCCCUGUUAAAAAUGCUAAAACAUGGAAGGGCUGGUGUACCUAUGGAAGUCAUGGGUCUUAUGUUGGGUGAAUUCGUAGAUGAUUAUACAGUGCGAGUAAUAGAUGUAUUCGCCAUGCCACAAACAGGCACCGGAGUCAGUGUAGAAGCUGUUGAUCCAGUAUUUCAAGCAAAAAUGUUGGAUAUGCUUCGCCAAACUGGUAGACCUGAGAUGGUGGUAGGCUGGUAUCACUCCCAUCCAGGAUUUGGCUGUUGGUUGUCUGGCGUUGAUAUAAAUACUCAGCAGUCCUUUGAAGCCUUAUCUGAGCGAGCAGUGGCUGUUGUAGUAGAUCCAAUUCAGUCAGUCAAGGGAAAAGUUGUGAUUGAUGCAUUUAGGUUAAUCAAUCCGAAUAUGAUGGUUCUUGGACAAGAGCCUAGACAAACAACCUCGAACUUGGGACACCUUCAAAAACCAUCAGUACAAGCUUUGAUUCACGGACUGAAUAGGCAUUAUUACUCCAUCAGUAUAAACUAUAGGAAAAACGAGUUGGAGCAAAAAAUGCUGCUGAAUUUACACAAAAAGUCGUGGAUGGAUGGACUAACACUGGCAGAUUAUUCAGAAAAUUGCAGCACUAAUGAAAAAACCGUUGCUGAUAUGCUUGAACUUGCAAAGAAUUAUAAUAAAGCUCUUGAGGAAGAAGAAAAAAUGACUCCGGAACAAUUAGCAAUAAAAAAUGUGGGCAAACAAGAUCCUAAGAGGCAUCUGGAAGAGAAAGUUGAUGUUCUGAUGACGAACAAUAUUGUACAAUAUCUUGGUGCUAUGCUGGAUACUGUCGUUUUUAAGUAAAUAUUUAUUAUUUUGAAUUUAUAAUUGUUUACUGUUUUCAUUUAUCAUACUUUUUUUUUUAAUACAAAUUUCGAAUCUGUCACGAACAGUUUUGUUCACUGGUUUUUUAAUAAUAACAAUAAAAUAUUGCUAUCUAAAUUUCAUACAUGGAAAUAAUAAAAAAAAAAUAAAUAAAAAUACAUUUUUAUAAACUGUA